GCUCUAUUAAUAGCCUACGACUCCAUAUCCCAGCAUCCUUUGCGCGUCGCACAAGUUGACAUUUUCCGGUGGAGACGAUCGUUAGCGUUCUCAAGCUCCCCUCGAUCUCACUUAACAAUGGCUGACGUUAUCGAUGAGAAGAUCAAAAACUACAGGACGGCUCCGUUUGACGCCCGCUUUCCCAACACCAACCAGACCCGCAACUGCUACCAGAACUACCUGGAUUUCCAUCGGUGCAACAAGGCCUUGACAUCCAAAGGCCAGGAUGUGUCCCCCUGUGUGUGGUACCAGAGGGUUUACCAAAGCCUCUGUCCUGUCAGCUGGGUGUCUAAAUGGGAUGAGCAGAUAGAAGAUGGGAGUUUCCCUGGAAAGAUCUGAAUUCUUCUGUUACCAGCCUGGAUGCUUCCACCCUUAUCUUUAAAGUGUACCAGAAGACCUCUUUAAAACAUUACUUAUUCAUUAUUGUUGUUACUACAGAUAAAAGCUUUAACUGUAUGCACGCACAACGUUCAAGAUGUGAAGGUUUCAAGUCGGGUUUUCUCGCCAUUAAACCUUUUUAAACAAUACAGUGAAGCUUUGAUCAAUCCAUUCAUAAUUAAGUUUAAGGAAUUAAUUGUAUUGGUUUUACUUCACUGGGCCAGCUGCAGCUAACCUUUUCUAAAAUCACUUGUCGGACAUCAAAGUCAAUUGGCUUUUGCUGAAGUAAACAUAACUUGUGAAGAUCAUCCUGUAAGGUAGCUGUGCUGUGAAAGUCGCUGCUGGUGUUACCAGUUCUUGAUCAUUUCAGCAUAACUGUGACUGAAGAAAACAGCAACUCACAGUCCAAUAAGAGGUCAACGUUAAACACUGUAAGCAUACGUGUGGUCGCACAUUACAGUGAAGCAUUUUAUAAACUGAAAUUCUUACAAAUAAAUGUGUUAAAUUCAAAA